GGGUGUCCGCCUGUUGCUCCCGCGGAAGAGGAGGCGGAGGCAGCGCCGCGUGGGAGCCUAGAAAGCGGGCACCGGGUCUCCCUGCUCUCCAGUUGCCGCAGGAGCAGCAGCGGAGCCUGCCUUGGUCUCCCUCCUCUGCCUCUUUGGCUCAGCCCUCCCUGUGCGGAUGCUCCGUGCCCGAAGCGGAACAGCACUCCCCAAAUUCGAUGCCAGUCCCUUCUCGGCCAACCUGGCCCCGGGCGCUGAACUUCUCGCCCCGCUCCGUCCUCUUCUUCGGCUCCCGAGAUGAGUCCCGUCGGAGCGUGGCUUCUGUGGAUCGCCUGUAGCCUGGUGGCCGGGGGGCCACUUCACCCCGGCAUGCCAAAUGUGUGUCCUGAACAAGAAUUGGCAAUGGUGGGACAUCGUCAACCAUGUGUUCAAGCCUUCACCCGUACGAUAAAGAUAUGGAAACAGGACUGUGCAGUGGAAAGAUGGUGCUUACGUUAUGAGAGAAGAACAAGCUAUUAUACCAUAUAUAAGCAAUCAUACAGUAUGGAACAUCACACAGUCUUUAAGUGUUGCCCUGGAUGGAGUAGAAAGAGUGAUAAUGAAGCUGGAUGUCUUCACCCUGUAUGCUCUGUAGGCAUUUGCUUCAAUGGAGGAAAAUGCUCUGAAGGAAUUUCUCCAGUGUGCCAGUGUUCAUUAGGAUUUGAGGGGCCACGCUGCCAAUACGAUGUCAAUGAAUGCAGCAUGGAGAAUGGAGGCUGUCAGGACCAAUGCUGCAAUACUUUUGGCAGUUUCUACUGUAAAUGUCCAGUUGGCCAAAAACUGGGGGAAGACCAGAGAUUAUGCGAAGAUAUUGAUGAAUGUGCAGUGAAGAACGGAGGCUGCCAGCACACCUGCAUGAACACCUUAGAUUCCUAUCACUGUGAAUGUGAUGCAGCUCAUAGACUUCAUGCUGAUGGACGCACCUGCAUAGAGAUUGACCCCUGUGCAAAUGGUAAUGGAGGGUGUUUACACAUCUGCCAAAAUGAGAAUGGAUUUGCAAAGUGCCAAUGCUAUUCUGGAUAUCAUCUUUCUGCAGAUGGAAAGUCUUGCACAGAUGUUGAUGAAUGUGUAGAAGGGACUUCCAGGUGUAGUCAUCUCUGUAUGAACACUCUGGGUUCCUUUGCCUGCAUUUGCAAUCCUGGAUUUGAGCUAGGGCAUGAUGGAAGGCAGUGCUACCGCAUAGAAAUGGAAAUUGUCAACAGCUGUGAAGACAACAAUGGAGGUUGUUCUCAUCACUGUGAGCACUCUACCAAGGGACCACUCUGCUCUUGUAACCAAGGUUACAUUUUGGAUUUGGAUGAGAAGACAUGCAUAGAUCUGGAUGAAUGUGAAACAGGAGAUGCUUGCUGCUCACAGUUCUGCAUCAACUAUGUCAGAGGCUAUGAAUGUAGCUGCAAGGCAGGAUUCCAGCUUUCUCUGGAUGGCUGUGGAUGUGAUGAUAUCGACGAAUGUCUGGCUGACACUAAUGGCUGUGACCAACACUGCAUUAAUUCUUUGGGUUCUUAUGAGUGUAUGUGUGAAGAAGGAUAUAGGCUUAACAGUGUGAACAGAAAGACCUGCAUCUCAUUAGAUGAGGAUGAACUGGAAGAAGAGGAUGAAGAAGAACUGGAGAUAGUUAGGACUCCUGACCUUCGCUUCAGAAAACCACCUCAGCUUCUUCAUUUCAGUGCUUCACUAAACUCUUUCUAUGAUGACGAUGACGACGAAGACAUUCGUGGAGAACUUGCUGUUGUUCACAGAGUUGUUUGCCUGAGUAACAUGUUUGGUAGUGACUGCAGCUUAAGUUGUUCAGAUUGUAUGAACAGAGGAAACUGCAAGAGUAACAACAGUGGGUGUGACUGCCCACCUGGAUGGACUGGUAUUAUUUGUAAUGAAACUUGCCCCAUGGGAAUGCAUGGAAAAGAUUGUAGCAGCAUCUGCAAGUGUCAGAAUGGAGGCUCCUGUGAUCCAAUAACAGGGCAGUGUCGUUGUCCACCAGGAAUUAAUGGAAAGUUUUGUGAGAAUGGCUGCCCCAAAGGACAUUUUGGGAAGCACUGCAACAAGAAAUGCAACUGUGCCAACAAUGGAUAUUGCCACAGAUUAUAUGGAGCCUGCUUGUGCAAUCCUGGGUUAUAUGGUCGCUUCUGCCAUCUAACAUGCCCCAAAUGGGUCUAUGGAGCUGGCUGCUCAGAAGAUUGCCAGUGUGUGAAGGAGCACACCUUGAAUUGUGAUCCCAGAAAUGGAACUUGCAUCUGCAAACCAGGCUAUGAAGGAACCAAGUGUCAGAAAAAAUGUUUGCCUGGUUUUUAUGGAGCAUCCUGUCAACAGAGAUGUAACUGUUCUUUGGUUUCUUUGUGUGACCAUGAAACUGGAGACUGCAAACAUCAAUGUCCAGCAGGAUUCCAUGGAGAAGAGUGCAACUUCCAUUGCCCUGAUGGCUUCUGGGGUGUGAACUGUCAUUUUGCCUGUGUUUCCUGUGAGAAUGGAGGACAGUGUAACAAAGAAACUGGGAUGUGUGAAUGUCCCUCUGGAUACAUUGGAAAGUAUUGUAAUGUUUCUUGUCCACAUGGCUUCUUUGGGGUUGACUGUGGCCAGAUAUGUGACUGCAAGAAUGGAGCUGCCUGUGAUCACAUUGCUGGAACAUGUCAGUGUCUCCCUGGCUGGAUUGGACUGAAGUGCGACCAACCUUGCCUUCCAGGCUGGUAUGGCAAGAACUGCCUAGAGCAUUGCAGCUGUCAAAAUCAAGCUACUUGUAACCACACAACUGGAUACUGCCUAUGCCCCAGAGGUUGGACUGGAACAGCCUGUGAACUUGAGUGUGAGUCUGGAAAAUAUGGGGAGAACUGUCAGCCAAACUGCAGUUGUAACAAUGGUGGAGCAUGUGAUCAUCGUUCUGGGAAAUGCAAUUGUCAUCCAGGCUGGAAUGGAGAUCGUUGUGAUAUCGUUUGUCCAACUGGUUAUUUUGGCCAACAAUGUGAGGAACAAUGUGACUGUGAACACAGCUUCUCCUGCCAUCACCAGACUGGAAUAUGUCACUGUGAAAAGGGGUGGAGAGGAAAACGGUGUGAUAAACCUUGCUUGCCUGGCUUCUACGGCAAUAGCUGUGCUGAGCCUUGCAAAUGCCCUUCAGAAGUCUCUUGUAACCAUGUUAAUGGAGAGUGUGGCUGUCCUCCAGGUUUUGCGGGCAGUGGAUGUGAAAGAACUUGUCUGCCAGGCACAUAUGGGGAGAACUGUAACCAACUCUGUCAGUGCUCUGGAAAGAAUGAAGAGUGCCACCAUGUCACUGGCAAGUGUGGCUGCCUGCCAGGCUACUAUGGAAUCCUCUGCAAUAUUCGCUGUCCAAAAGGAACCUAUGGGCCAUACUGCCAGAAAACAUGCCAAUGUCUGAACGGAGGGCAUUGCAAUGCGGUGACAGGAGCCUGUGAUUGCCCCCCAGGAUUCAUUGGAGCAGACUGUGGUAAAAAUUGUCCAGAACAUCAGUAUGGAAAGGACUGUAGCUCAUUCUGCUUCUGUGGCACAGGACAUUGUGAUCCAGUGACAGGCAAAUGCUCCUGUCCAUCUGGCCAGAUGGGACCAAAUUGCCUUCAGGUGUGUCCCCAGGGAAGAUAUGGCCCUGCCUGUCAGCUAAAAUGUAUGUGCAAGAAUGGUGGUAUCUGUGAACCUGCCAAUGGGACUUGUACUUGUGGACUUGGCUGGACAGGAAGCUAUUGUGAGAAAGAAUGUGCUCUUGGAAAAUAUGGUUUUGAUUGUCGCCUAGAUUGUGCUUGUCAGAAUAAUGGAAUUUGCAACAGGUUUACUGGCUGCUGUCAAUGUGCGGAAGGUUAUUAUGGCCAUUCCUGUGAGCAUACCUGUCCUUCAGGAUUUUAUGGUCUCAACUGCCAUAACAUCUGCAACUGUAAAAAUGCUGCUGUAUGCAACACAGCAACUGGGCAUUGCAUUUGUCCUCCAGGUUUCUAUGGUCUACAAUGUGAAAAAGGUUGUCCUUCUGGGAUGUUUGGAGAAAAGUGCCAACAUCAGUGUGAGUGUGAAGGUUCAUCUCAGUGUGAUCCAGUUACUGGAAAAUGUUUUUGUCCUCCUGGUACAACCGGAGAUAGAUGUGAUGUUGCAUGCAAGCCAAACCAAUAUGGCACCAACUGCUCCCAGCAAUGCCAAUGCGCCAACAAAUCCCAAUGCAAUGUGUACAAUGGAAGGUGUACUUGUUUCAACAACUGGAUGGGACCAACUUGUAAAGAAGGUAAAUGUGGCCCUCCAAAACUUCCUUCUUAUGAAGAACAAACUCAGGAGAAAGGGAAUGCUUUUUCAAGACUGCCACAACAGGAACACUUGGACUAAUAAAUGAGCUGUUUUAUAUGCACAGGCGGUAUUUAACUCUGGAAAUGAGAGCUGCUAUUCAUUUCAGCCUGAGCGGUACUGAAAAAUUCACACUUCUUCAUGCAAGUUCACAGUGUCCUGUUAAGUAACUCGGCCCCUUUUAAAACUGUUUAGCUGUGUUCUGUUUAUUUAUUCUUAACCUCCUGCUUCCUUCUGAUUAAUCCACUCUCAGUAUCAUUUCCAAGUGUCACUCCUGUGUUUCUGACCAUUGCAAAACACAGAGGGUUUUUCUUCUUUGCCAUCAUAUUGGAGGAAUCAGUAUUUGAAAGGAAGGAUCACAAACUUUUAUUUAAUACAGAAACUGCACAAGACAAAUCAGAAUAGUUUUUGGCUUUAUGAAGCCAAAGUAUUCAAGCUAUGUUGGGGGAAGCAGCGUAUUUUCAGAACAAAUAACCAUUGUUUCAACAUGAGGAGAUAGCUGAUAAAAUAAAUAAACAAAAUAUUUGUGAUACAAUUCAGCAAGGGAAAUCCACAUACAGAAACAGACAAGCAGGAAGUCAGCACAUCGCAAGACAAGCAGAAGAUUGGCCUGUAGAAACAGACUCCCACCUUCACAAAACAAACAUAAAUGUGUAUAUCAGUAAAUUAAAAUGUUUAAAUGUUUACAGUUGAAAUUGUAUAUACAUUUACUGGAAAGUAUGCCUUAAAUCAAGGCUAAGGUACUCGUGUGGUCCUCCAGAUGUUGUUGGACUGCAAGUCCCAGCAGCCCAAGACAUCCAGCAGUGAGGAAUACAGGAGCUUGCAGUUCAGCAAUAUCAAUAACAUGAUUUCCAGCACUGGCCUAAAUCCAGUUUUUCAUACCAAUGAUAAAGUAUCCACUGAAUCAAUAAGUCAAUUUGCCAAAUGCAUACUGACUUCGUGGUUCUACUCUAGUUUGACUUACAGAUUAAAUUUAAGACAGGGAUUGGAAACAUUCAGGCCUCCUGAUGUGAGAGGACUGCAACUCCCAUCAGCCCUAAGAGGCAUAUCCAGGGAUAUCUGGAGGUGCUGGGAUGUCUGGAGGUCUGUAUAGUUCUCUACGUUCUGAGUAAACAUGUUAUAGGAUUUGACACAUUGUAAAAAUGGUUUUUGAUAUGAAUGGAGAUGUAUAUGAAACUUAAAUAUUGUAAUAAAUACGAUGAAUAAAUUUACUAACUGGAGAUUAGAAAGAAUCAUCUUGCUUGAGUAAAUAAGUUUUUAAAUCUUUCAAUGCCAUAAACAUCCUGCAGUGACAGAAUUGUCAUUAAUUAAUAUCUUUUGACCGAAUAUUCCACGGGUUUGGGUCUUACCCAAAGCUAUGAUUAAUUUUUCAGCUUUAGAGCCAAUAAUCCCUCUCUUAAUGUCAAUAGACAUUAACUAUAUAAUACUUAGUGCUUCACUGACAAAGUAUAAAAGAGUCAUCCCUUAGUCUCCCACUUUAAGUUCUUUGAUGAAACUUGACUGGACCUGGAUGAUAAUUAGUUUCAUGGUGUGUAUUAUCUUCAUUUUUUCACCAAUUAGAAUUUUCAGAUAGAAGUCAUACCCAUAGAAUGGUCCAAAAUCACAGCAAAAACAAAAAGUAAAGAUGAUUGGCAGGAUGGGGGGGGGGAUGGGACUAAAAGUAAUAGAAUCAGUGCAAACAUCACAAAGUUAUGAACAAUGUUUCAAAUCCAGCUGAUCUUCCUAGGGGGAAAUAUUAAACAAAACCAUUUAAAAACAGAUUAGAAAGGAAGAAAAAUUGACAUGAUUGAAAAGUCCCAAAA